AUGGCUCCAGAUAGGGGAGGCGAACAAGAUGCACCAAUAACGACGCAUUACCGGAACUAUGAUUCCAAUGCCACGGAUCGGGAGAGCCGCGAUAGAAGCAGGUCUGGAUCAUCUGUAGCAAGACGGUUCCUUGCGGACCAAGCAUCACAGCCUCAAAAUUUCACCGUCCGUAGUGUCCUCGUAGGCCUGGCCAUUGGGGUGGUUGUUUGUUUUUCCAACAUGUAUUUUGGACUGCAGACUGGUUGGGUCAGCGGAAUGGUUAUGCCAUCUGCUUUAAUCGGUUUCGCCUAUUUCAAAACUGUGUCACGGCUGCUUAGUUUCCCGUUCACCCCCGUUGAGAAUGUUCUCGUGCAAUCAGUUGCUGGUUCAGUCGGCACCAUGCCUCUUGGGUGUGGCUUUGUAGGCGUUAUACCAGCACUGAAUUACCUCCUCUCCACUGAAGAGAAUGGACCAUUGGACAUAAGUCUGUGGAAGCUAGUAGUAUGGUCGGUUGGGAUCUGCUUCUUUGGGGUCGUAUUCGCUGUACCACUCAGGCGCGAAGUCAUCAUUCGCGAGAAGCUCAAGUUUCCAAGUGGAACUGCAACCGCACUCAUGAUUCGGGUGCUACACGGCGAUGAAAAGUCGAAAGUCGUCAAAGAUCAAUCGAGGAGUCACGACGCUGCUAGAGAAGAUGGUGAACAAGAACGUCUCCUUCGGCCCUCGACCCCUGAACCUGAGGAGCAUCCCCUACAUCCUUCUGUAUCUGGGCGAAGCGAAGCUGCACAAGACAUAGCCAGCGAUGAUGGCGAUUGGAAAGCUAAAAUCCGACUUUUGGUAAUAUCCUUCGCGGGAUCUGCUCUCUAUACCGUUGUAUCUUAUUUCAUUCCACAAAUCCAUGAUAUACCGAUAUUUGGAAUGGGCAUUGCUAGCAAGUGGCUAUGGACUUUGAAUCCGUCGCCUGCGUAUGUCGGUCAGGGCAUUAUUAUGGGGCCCGCUACCACUUUGCACAUGCUUAUCGGAGCUGUAGUUGGAUGGGGAAUCUUAUCACCACUUGCCAAGAAUAAAGGUUGGGCUCCUGGACCCGUCUCAGAUUGGACAGAGGGAUCUAAAGGCUGGAUCGUAUGGAUUUCUCUGGCUAUCAUGCUUGCAGAUUCUCUUGUCAGUCUCGGCUGGUUGGUACUUCGUCCUUUGAUCUCAGUCGCCGACCUUUAUUACCCAACCGUCAAAGACGUCUUCCAACAACACUCAUGGAAAGAACUUUUGACUCUCAACAUCGCUUGGAAACAAGGCUAUAGCCAAAUUGGCGAUGGCACGCCUGCCAAUCCCAUGGCAGCUUUGAGACAACAUUUCGCAGAGGAAGGAGAACCAGAUGCCCCGCCCGAGCAUCUCAUUUCUAACCGCACGACCGUUAUUGGCCUGAUCAUUUCCCUCGUUCUUUGCGUGGUCGGAGUUCACGUCGCUUUCCCAAACAUGAUUCCUUUCCGACUAACCCUCCUCGCCCUUGUUCUCGCCCUUUUCCUCUCCAUCAUGGGUGUUCGCGCCCUCGGCGAAACCGAUCUGAACCCCGUCUCCGGCAUCUCCAAGCUCACCCAGCUGAUCUUCGCAAUCGUAACUCCAACAUCUGGCCCAGGAGCAAAGAAUGCGGUCAUCAUCAAUCUCGUCGCAGGUGCUAUCUCUGAGUCUGCUGCUUUGCAGGCAGGAGAUCUCCUCCAAGACCUCAAAUGUGGACAUCUACUCGGCGCUGCACCAAACGCUCAGUUCUGGGGCCAGAUGAUUGGAUCUGCCGUCGGAGCAGUAGUGUCUGCGGUCGUAUAUAAACUGUACACAAGCGUGUACACUAUUCCUGGUGGCCUGUUCGAAGUACCCACAGCAUAUGUUUGGAUCUUCACGGCACGUUUGGUGACGGGCAAGGGACUGCCGCCAAUGGUAAAGGAAUGGGCUUCCGGUGCAGCGGUCAUCUUCGCCGUAGGUACAAUGUUCCGUGUUUGGGGGAAUACGAGGAAGCGUAAUGGGCUGUCGGGGUGGUGGGUGGAUUUCAUUCCUGGAGGUAUAGCUGUUGCUGUUGGUAUGUACAACACGCCAUCUUUCACUUUGGCUAGGACAGUUGGUGGUCUAAUCAGCCUUUGGUGGCGAACGUGGAAAGGAAGGAGUGAGACGCCAAUCAUUGUGUUGGCGAGUGGAUUGAUUUUGGGAGAAGGGCUUUUCAGCAUCGUCAACUUAUUGUUGGCGAGCUUGAAGGUUCCACACCUGUAG